UGUACAAACUGGUUGUUCUGAGCAUUGGACUUCUGUGCGUCCUUCAAGCUGGUCUCAACAUUACCCUGCGCACUUCUCUCUAUGGUUGUGAAGACACUGAGGCAGUGCUAAAAAACAUGACCAAAGAGAGAGAUGAGAUGAUGAAGAAGCUGACUAUGUUUGCUGAUUAUUCCCACCAAGGAUGGGUGUAUUUCAGCGGUAGUUUCUAUUAUAUAUCUUUGGAGAAAAAGUCCUGGAAGGAAAGCAGAAGUUACUGUCAGCAGAGGAAUGCAGACCUGGUGAUUAUCAACAGCAGAGAAGAACAAGAGUUUACAAGACGUUUCCGAAAGGAAAUGUGGAUCGGACUGACUGACAGAGAGGAAGAAGGGAUAUGGAAGUGGGUGGAUGGGACUCCACUAACCACAAGGUUCUGGGGUAGAGAUGAACCCAACAGUCAUAAAGGCAGAGAUGAAGACUGCGGAGAGAUAAAGUUCUAUGAUAAUGAAAAGAGCUGGAAUGAUAAACCAUGUGACACAGAAAAUGCCUGGAUGUGUGAAAUGACUCUGGCUUUAUAAGAAUCUGUACCAGACAGUGAAAGUCCUUAAAGAAUUUGGUGUUAUGUUAUAUUGUGAAGAAGCUGCUGAUAAAGUAGUUUGCUAACAUAUACAGUAAAAGGUGUUAAAAGGUAUAAAGAAUUUCUGUGAUUUUUUUCCCAUCAAUAUACACUGGAAAACUGUAAAGGUAGUGAAAAAUGUGUUUUUUGGAAAUGUUUGAUAAUUGGUUAAUUUGUUACAAAUGCAAGAACUGAAAUAUCUAAAGUACCUAAGCAUUUUCUCAACAUCCCACUUAUGACUUUGCAGAAGUAGACUACAAGAUGACAACAGGAAGAUGUCAAGCUAUAUAUAUCACAUGGGUUAUGCAAUGCUACAUGCACCAUAUUUUGUACAUGCUUCUUGUUGCUGAAGUGUCAACACUUUGUAUUGUAUUAUCACCAUUAGGAGUACAAGUUUAAGACGAGUUUAAGAGCCUUGUUGACUAUCAUGUUGAGCUGUCUUUCGAACUAAAUUAAACUCUAAAAUAAAUGGUCACUGUUGCUGUUUCGUAUUAGACACUUCCAAAGAAAACUUGGCCUUCAUGGAUAUCAUUCAGCUUCUUGUAGGAAUCUGACCAAGAUCUAGUUGGAGCAUCGAUGUUCCUCAUAAAGACGCUGUUUAAGAGGCUCAAAAUACUUAAAAAAAAAACAACAAAAAAAAAAACAAAACACAAAACAAAA